GGCAUGGUUUCUCAAGUGACCAACUCCCUUGUCAAGUGCCUGCUGAUUCUCCUCAGCCUCAUCUCAGUGAUACUGAAUAUCGUUUUGAUAUGCCUGAAUUCAAACAGGCUUCCAAAAUGCCAGAUGCAAUCACAAGGAACGGUGGCGGCCAACCACACGGACCACAGCCUGAUAUUCGCCGACCUCACCCCCAAGGAGUACCAGAUGGUCCGUGAUUACAUGUGGAAUCUGAAGGACUUGAAGAUUUCUCGCUCCGCCAUUGCAAAAGCAUCAGAGAACUACAUCUUUUUGAUUGACCUUGUGCUUCCGAAAAAAGCAGAAGCGCUGAGAUACCUGGAUUCUCAGGGACUCAAACCCGAGCGCCAAGCCAGCGUUGUGGUGUUUUUUGGAGAGUUUAACUACCUCAAAGAGUACGUCGUGGGACCUCUGUCUGGUCCCAUCCACCAUCGGGAUGUCACAAAGGAGAAGUACAACGUGGAGAGCCUACCUUUCACAGCCCGGCCUGUGACCAUUGGGGAAUACGUGCAGCUUUUCACAUUAGUGUAUGAUGAUGUCUUCAACCAGCUGAAGACAGAACUGAAGGAGAGCUUUGGUUAUGACCCAAAAAAACCGAACCUGAACGUUUUCGAAGGGAUGCCCAGAGGAGUACAAUCAGGUGAUCGAAAGACAUGGGUAUCAUUUUUUCGUGAUUUCAGUGGCAUGUAUAUCCAUCCAGUUGGCUUUGAAAUUUUAGUCUGUCAUGAAAGUAAAAACUCCUCGGACUGGACCAUUGAAAAGCUCUUGUACAACGGCAUCUACUUUGACAGCAUUGAGAGUUUUAAAAAAAGCUAUGCAGCAGGUUCUUUUGAAAAGAUUGUCUUUAAAGAAAUCUCUAAUUACGCCUCGCUGAAACCAAGAAGCGAACCUACGGGACUGGGACCGCAUCAGUAUUACCUCCAAGGCAAGCGCUUCAGCGUGAAGCACAACCAGGUCAUUUACCAGGACUGGAGGUUUGCAUUCGGCCUGAGCUCACUGACCGGCAUGCGAGUGUUCGACGUUCGCUUCAAAGGAGAAAGGAUCAUCUACGAGCUCAGCGUCCAGGAGGCCAUGUCCGUGUACGGCUCCAUAACUCCAGGGAUGAUGCUCACCAAAUUUCUGGACACAAGCAUCGGCAUUGGCCGAUUCGCCCACGAACUGGUGCGAGGCGUUGAUUGUCCGUAUUCAGCCACUUACAUAGAUGUUUACCGCUACAUCGACAUCAACACCACACAGCUUUUCCGCAAUGCCAUCUGCGUCUUCGAGCACGACGUGGGACGGCCACUACGCCGUCACUUUUCGGAUUUCUUCCAGAACAGCUAUGGAGGCCUGACCAACAGCGCCCUGUAUAUCCGCUCCAUCACAGCCAUUGGCAACUAUGACUACAUCUGGGACUUCAUCUUCUACCAGAGCGGCACGGUGGAGGCCAGAGUUCACGCAACGGGUUAUAUAUCAUCCUCUUAUAAAGUGCCCGGUAGUCUCAAGUACGGCCACCAGGUUGCUGAAAACGUGCUCGGAAACAUCCACACGCACUUCGUUAACUUCAAGGUGGAUCUGGAUGUUUUAGGAGUGAGGAACGUGUUCCAGACCAAAGACAUGGAGUAUGAGGAGGUGUCUUUGCCCUGGAUGACCGAACGCAAGGCCAAAAUCCCCAAACUGGUGGAGAAUCAGCUCAGGACCGAGCAGGAGGCGGCGCUUCGAUACGGCACUAAGAUUCCCCGUUACCUCCACGUGGCCAGCAAUCAGAAGAACCGGUGGGGCCACCAGCGCACGUACAAGCUGCAGGUGAUUAGUUUGGCUGGAGAUCACCUCCCAGAGAGCGAGCCGGAGGAGAGGAGCAUGUCCUGGGCACGGUACAAAGUUGCCAUAACGAAGCAUAAAGACACAGAACAGACCUGCAGCAGUCUGUACAGUCAGAAUAACAUGUGGAACCCAGUAGUCGACUUCAGCAACUACAUCAAGGAUAAUGAGAGCAUUGAGAAUGAGGAUCUGGUUGCCUGGGUAACGGUGGGUUUCCUCCACAUCCCUAACGCCGAGGACAUCCCCAACACGGUGACGGUGGGAAAUGGAGGUGCUGUCCUCAUCCGCCCGCAUAAUUACUUUGAUGAAGAUCCAUCCAUCCAUUCGGCCGAUGGAGUCUACUUCAAGCCAGGAUCAGAAAGAGACUGUGAGUACAACAAGAUGGCGUGUUUAGACAAACACCUGUGUAGCCCGACACUGGAGCCGUUCACGUACCACGGAUUCGAGGGCGUCAUGAAUUUUAACGAAUAAAUAUAACAUUUUAUAGAUGUCCGCUGUUCCUGAUUCAUUCCUCUCCUCACCACUAUAGUCACAUUUUCACUCUUAGCAUUGUCUUAUGAUUGUAGCACAUGUUUAUCUUCUUUAUUUUUGUGAUAGCAAGAUGAAUGUCUAUAGAACUUUUUUGGACAAAUUUAUUUUUACUCACUUUUUAAUUACCAUCAAAUGAGAUUCAAAAAAACUGCAUUCACUCAGAACUUCUACAGAUUUGGUGUGAACUUGUGUGUAUUUUUGUUUUUUCCUCUUUUCUCUUUUGAGGUCUUUUCAAAAUGAAUGAAUUUAUAUACUUUUUUUUACACAUUUUGGUUUGGACAAGGUCUUUUACCUAAUAAGAAAGUAAUGACAAGAAACGAGUUACUGCUACCACUCUGAAGUUGAUUAAUUUCCUAUAACAGCAUGUCCCAAAAUUCCUCUUAAACCACAGCAACUUGAUUAAACACUGAAAAAUUUUACUAAUUAAAGAACAACACAUCAUACUUUUAAUCCAUUUAUGGUUACCUUUAAUGUUGUGGCAUGUCCAUGAAACAAGGUAGUUCCUGUUCUCAUUUACGUUAUAGCAGCUAUGCUCAUUGCUUUUCUCUGUAUCUUGAUGUUAAUAAGAUUUAAAAAACAAAAAAAAACAAAAAAUGCAGCUUGUCAUGUUACUGAGAAACUGCAAAUCGUAAACUCCUGAAAAUGUCUGAAAACUUAAGAUUACAGCUUUAUGUCUGACUGUUCACAAGCACUGACACUGGAGACUCCUUCCAUGACUGUUAAAUAAACAUCUCCAUACAGAAAACGUCACCAUAUCAAUAAUUACAUGUUUUUUUAAUCCAUUUAUGUGGAAUGUCUAGCUGUGAAUGUUUUUUUUACUAUGGAAAUGAUAAUGUAUUAGAACGGACGCAUUAAUAUAAACCUGCGAUUUGCAGCUGCACCAUCUGACCGAACAGAUCCAGAAUUAAACAGCGCUGCGGUAAAAAUAUCACAUAUUGUACGAAUCUAAUUUCGAAUAAGUUUACCUACUGAGUGCUCCUGCUUUAGCUACUUUCUAUGCUACUAUUUGUUCAGAUUAAUCAGCACUGCCGUCUGUCUGGUUUUACUGUACCAUCUCAUCUGGGUCCUACAUUAUAGUCAAAAUCUAACGAAGCUCAAUUUACACUCAUUUUCAUCCUACCUCAGUUCAGCCAAGCCUCAUCUGAUGUCCAGAUCUGGCAAACAUCGGUAGCACGAAAUUGAAGCUUAUGACCAUAUAUCUCUUGUGUGACAUCAACAACAGGAAAUUUUAAUAAACAACAACUCACACUUUCACAAAACUACUGAUUCUGUGACUCGUAACUCUUGCACUAAUUUUCUUACAGUGGAAAUUUAGGGUUUUUCCUCUUUUUUUUAUCUACAAUCAUUUGAAUUUAUGUAUCAGGCAGCAGUUAAAGCCAAAUAUUAAUGCGAGGAAAUUGCUCAUUAUCAAACGUCUUGCCAUUUCUACUCCCAAAGAUAUGUGAAAGUCCACUUUAGAAAAAGCAAGGAAAUACUUCAAACUGAAAAUAAAAAAUGUUGUAUAAUAAAACACCACUACAAGUUUUUCAGUGUUACUUGUGUUACAGCGUUACUUCCCUGUUCAGGAGUUUUUAAAGAUUUUUGAGAUUUUUUAUGUAAUUUCAUGUACAUUUUAUAAUCUCUAUGUAUCUAUAUAAACAUGUCAUUUAUGAUUGAAGUGUAUGAGAAGUAAAUCUUGCACAAAAUAAAGUUAAAUCGAAUUCCA